UCAUAGCGGGUGGUGUAGAUGUGACUAAGUAUCAAGGACUCCUUGACUUAUCGGCCCUCCACAACAGAUUCGAAUCCAUAUAGUUCCCCUUGAGGAAGGCGUGUAUAUCGUUUGAAACAAUCAGAUUGUUUACUCCUCUUUGACCACAGCGAUCAAAGAGAAUCGUCUGGAUGUCAACGACUUCCUUCUAGCCAAAGGCGUGGAUCCGAAUAUGAAAGGACAAGAUAUCCCUCUAGUAAUGGCAGUCAAGAAUUCGGUGAUACUGAAGAAGUCUAUAAUCGGAGGCGUCGAUCUGACAAAAUCUCAAGGAUUUAUCGAGCUUUCUGUCCUCCAUAACAAGAUAGAGUUUAUUGACAUCCUACUUGAAGCUGGUGUGCCCAUCCAUGAGAAGCAUCAGGAGGGGUUCUCGCUGGUAACGACCACAUUCAGAAAAAAUAGAGGGGAUAUCUUAACACACCGACUUUCAAAAGGAGCGGAUCCUAACGCGAUUGGAGAUGGGCUCUCUCUCGCCAACGCUGCACGGUUCACGGACCAACGCCGGCUUCGAUUUGUUCUUGAUGCAGGGGCAUUUGUGAAUAAGCAAAUCAAAAGAAGGAGCGCUCUUGUGAUAAGAACUUGAUCGAGAGCGUAACGUUGUUGCUAGAAAGGGGCGCAGACGUG